GCCAAUGUAGAAGUCCUUCGCUUCCAGGAGGACCGGAUCGCAUCCCUGAGUACCCUGGCCGUGUACAAGGGAGAACUCAGUCGCUCCCGCCACGUGUUUUCCUUCACUCUCUGCGUCAGGUUCAAAAUCUUCGUCCUCCACACGAGGGGCACCUUGUUCCAUAUCUCCGAUAAGGUGGACGGCAAGGACUGGAUGCUGAGGGCAGAAGUCUGGGUCGACAAAGUUCGAGUGUCCAUAUCCCAUACGUGGCAUUUCAUGCCACUUACUACUCAACUCUGGGCAUUCAGGUGGUACCACCUAUGUUUCACGCAUAAUCACAACAACGGUCUGAUUCAAACGUUCAUCAACGGCGUGAUGGUUCAGCAGUCGUACUACAAUGUUGGACGACCUGCCUUCGGCGACUACGCGGUUGUGGGCAACGGACAAACGGCCAGCGAAAGCUACAGCGGCGAACUCACCCAGGUAAUAGGGGCUAAAAGAAAAAAUAAAUAAAAAGAAAUCUUCCCGCCAGGUUUCAUAAUUGCAAUAAAUCAAAGUAAAAUAUCUCUCUCUCUUCCAGUUGUUAAUAGGAACAAUUUCACGCAAAAAGAUUAUUUUAUCCAUGUAAAUACUGAAUGAAGCAGAAGCGUAGAUAAAACGGGAAUUAAAAAUAGAAAAUCUCACAAUAGGAUAUGAACAAUUUUAAUCAGUCACUGAGUAGGCCAAUCGCCAGGUGAACGUCUGGGACAACAUCCUGAGUACCGGAGCAAUCCAGGAAAUGGCUGCGUGCAAGACCAACCCCCGAGGAAACUACAUCUCGUGGGAUGCGGGGUGGACACUCCAACAGGCCUCCUCGUUCGAAAUGACCCUGGAGGACCUCUGCAAGCAAGACACCGGAAAGAUAUUCUUCUGGUUUCCAAGGGUUAUGGAGGAAACGGCCCUCUACAUCUGCGAAGCCCUCGGCACUCACCUUCCAACGGUCAAAAGCCUCGAGGAAGUCAACUUCCUCUAUAAUAUAUUGGACAAAAGGUGGCCGGACUCCGAAAAAUGCCCCCUCUACUACUGGAGCGACCUCAACGACAAGAAAGAUGAAAACGUCUGGGUCAGGGGCUACGAUGGACAUAUCGACAACGAGACCUACUGGUCACCCGACGAGCCCAAUGGCUUUAGGUACGAGAACUGCGCAUUUAUUCGCCAAAAUGGCAUGAUCGACGACGACUGCGCGUGGGAGAGGUGCGCCAUGUGCGUGUUCACGGAGCCCCAGAGAUUCAUCAUGCGAGGCACCUGCGAACAGGAGAUACGCAACACUUACUUCGUGGCCUACCAGGAGGAGUUUGGGAGCCUCGUGUUCAGAGGGUACGGUGCCUACCAUAUCGCCAAAGACAAUGGCACGUGGCUCUAUACCGAUGCGGUUCGCGACCUCGUCAUCGCCUCCAUGGAAGAGCACGAGAUCGACUACCCCAUGGGCCGUAGAUGGUGGAAACUGCAGCAAGAGGUUUGCGGGAUAGGGGAAGGAGAGAGAAAGAGGCUGCUGCUCACGCCUUGCAAUGACACCCAGUACACCUGCGACGAUGGGACCUGCAUCGCUCACCACUACCGAUGCGACCUCAAGUACGACUGUCGCGAUCGCAGCGACGAGCUGGAGUGUGAUAUCAUCUCGUUCCCUCGGGAUUACCAUAAGCAUCUGCCUCCCAGAAUCCCUCGGGACGACAAAAGUAACGUGCCGGUGGUGGUCCACGUGAUCAUCAAGUCCAUAGGCAUCUUGACGGCGGAAAUGACGAUGACUUUGUCUUACGAGCUGGAAAUGCACUGGUUCGACGGGCGACUCGAAUACUUCAACCUGAAGAGAAACGAGAGUCUGAACACGAUCAUGGUAGAGAGUAUGAUGCGACUGUGGUCCCCCAUCGUCAGGCUUCUCAACACAGACACCAUCGACAAGACACUGUUAGAAGAAGACGCCACUGCCAUGGUGAAAAGGCUCGCUAGGCCUCUGCGACGAGACGACGGGGCAGCCGGAGAAGUUGACGUCUACUCGGGAGAGGAGAACCCAGUGUCGGUGUCGAGGAAGUACAGCACCACCUACACCUGCAAUUUCGAUCUCACUCUCUACCCCUUUGAUGAUCAACACUGCGACAUGCACCUGCAGAUUGUGUCAGGCCAGGUGGCCUUCCUCGAGGUCCACCCUAAUUCCACCGUUGUUUACUUAGGGAGCACAACGCUGAAUGAAUAUACGGUAAUCCGCGCAACGGGCGUGAUUAGUUUAAAUGUAUUUGAGGAAACUGGAAUCGGCGACAUGAAGCUGAUUUACGGAGCGCCCCAAGAACCCAGUGAGGUCCGAGUUCGAAUUCCGUUGAUUCGCCUCUACGGUUACUCUAUCCUGAACAUCUACAUCCCUUCCCUGAUCCUUCUCGUCAUUAGUUACUUGACUCUGUUCUUCAGAAAAUCCUUCUUCGAUUCGAGAAUCAUGGCAACGCUGACCGCCCUCCUGGUUUUGGCGACACUUUUCGCUCAGGCCUCUUCGUCUCUCCCGAUGACCUCGUACUUCAAGAUGGUCGACAUCUGGCUGCUCUUCUGCGUGGUGAUGACCUUCCUGAUCAUCAUCUUCCACCUCCUGAUCGACAACUUCCUCUCCCGAGAGCAACGCCAGCCGACGAAGGUCACGCCCAUCGCCUUCGAGAAAGAGAAGUUCUUCGGCAGCCGCGUCUUCAAGUGGGUGCCGGACUUGGCCGUCGAUAAGUUAGAGCUCACGGCAAAAGUGACGGUCUGCGUCAUUGAUGUGGUCUUCAUCAUCGUGUAUGUAGCGUGCAUAUUGUAACGUGUGACCGUCUAUACGUUUCCCUCAUACGCAUACAAUUAUACAUGAAAUUAUAUGCGCACUUGUGUGGUUAAUCAGCAGUGUUUGUCUACAUCUGUAUGCAUAUAAUUCCGUUCUUCUGUUCAUUUAUUAAUCGAUAUAUUCCCAUAUGCUGAGAAUUAUGCAUAAACAAAUAUACAUAUACAUGUUCAUGGAUACAAUCCUUUGCAUUUGUCUGUGCAAGUCAACACGUCUUUCUAUGUAUUUAUCUAAAUACAUACAAAUUUAUGUAUACAAAAGAAAAAAUGAUCACAGCAAAGGAAAUUAGAUAAAAAGGUAUUCCUUGCAAUUCUUUGCAUUCAACUGUUAAAUUUGAGUUCAACGACAAGGAACGUUUUUUUUUCCGGAAAUACCUAUUUGAAUUAUAAAAUAAAAUGAAAUCAAGACUAAAAUGUUUUCUGGACAUUUUGUAGAUUUUUCUGCGAUAGUUACUAUAGAAAUAU